AUGAAUAGUGAUGAAUUUGCAAGCUCUAGUCCAAUUAGGACGACACCAACCUAUGGUCAGACCACAUUUCUCCCCACAUCAUCGCCAAUUAGAAUGAAUAGGAAAAGAGGUUCAAAUGAUGAAGAUGACGAAGAAUACGAUUCAUGUGAGUAUUCACGUAAGAAGAUUCAACAACUGCGCAUCCAUUCAGAGGCUCAUAUUCGAACCGUUUCCAUGAUGAUGUCUCUGAAACAACAGCAAGCACUAAGUGAUGGAGAGGAAGUAACUAUGGAAGAACCAAUUAAAUCAUCAUACCAUCAGAAGCCUUAUUGGUAG